CCUUGCGCUCUUGGAAUUGGAUCUGCAUUCCCUGCACCCUAAAGCAUCCUGACAAAUCCGCAAGCGAUAUGGGAGGCUGUCGCGAGUAUGUCAGUUGUAAACAUCACUUGCAUUCCUCGCGCAUACCAGCUUCUCGCAGGCACAGACUGCGCACAACAGACGCUGGUCGGGAGUGAAUGACGCAACGAAACGCACAUUGUCAUCAGACACCAGCUGUCCAAGGGCGAAUGAAAGUAAAUAUUUUUGUUUUGGUGAUGAAUUUGCAGUGAAGAAAAUAUUUUGGUGAAAGUAAGACGUAAAUAUUUACGUAUAUAUGUUAUUGGAUGUAAACAAGUGAUUGAAAAUAUGUUGAGAAAAUAAAUGACGUAACCUCGCUUCGGGAAAGCAUAUAAACCGAGCGAUCGCAAAGCCCUUCACCUUCAAGGUGAGCUCAAGAUCAGCAUGUUCUGCUGCGUGACUGAGAGCCGCCUCGCCCCUUCGAGAGCCACAGAAGAAGACCCAACGUCGUUCCUGGGCUGCACCUGCCGGGCAACCCUGCGGAACCGAGACAGUACUCGAGCUGCUGAGUUCAAGAGAUUGAACACGAGCUGCCGGACCACGGACAACUCUUCCCCGGCGACUAAAGUGACCUUGCGGGCUCCCUUCCCCGGGUCCUGCCAGUAGCUGUGAUGGCGGUGCCUACUCUGUCCUGGAGCCUGUCCCCCCUCAUCCUCCUCCUGACUCUGGCCCUCCCUGGGGCACUCACAGCAGCGAAUGCAGGCACUUCCUCGCUCACGUGCUUCUACAACUCCAGGGCCAACGUCUCCUGUGUCUUGAACCAGACUAGGGGCCUUCAGGCCUCGUCCUGCAAAAUCUACGCCAAGUCAAACCAACGGCCAUGGAUCAAGACCUGCGAGCUGAAGCAGCUGGCCAGGCCUGACUCCUGGAUCUGUAACCUGAUCCUGUCAGAAAACAAUGACUCUCAGAGUCUGACCGCGGCCGACAUCCUCAACCUGACCUUGAUGUGCGACCACGAGGGGCCCUCGAGGAUGGUCCUGACGCAGCUUUUCGAUCCUUUCAGAAACAUUCGCCUGAUGGCUCCCACCUCCUUCCAAGUUACUCACAUAGAGCCCCGCAGAUGCAAUGUCACCUGGAAGGUCCCACUGUCUUCCCAUUACCUUCAAGACACCCUAGAGUUUGAGGUCCGGCUGAGGUGCCCAGGCCAGAGCUGGGAGGAGGUCUCCCUGAUGCAAAUCAAGCAGAACCAGCAAUGGAUCUUCCUGGAGACUCUGACUCCUGACACCCCAUACGAGCUCCAGGUGCAUGUCAAGUCUAGCAGAUAUGUGAUCUGGAGCCACUGGAGCCAACCCCUGGCCUUCAGGACAAGGCCCGAAGCAGCCCCUGGGAAGGAGAUCCCGGCCUACACUUGGUUUCCCCACGUGAUGGUGGGCCUCGGCAUCAGCCUGUGCUUUGUCUUCCUGGUCUCCCUGCUGGCCAACUGCCAUUACAUUGGGCCCUGGCUGAAGAAGGCUCUGAAGUGUCACAUCCCAGACCCUUCAGAGUUCUUUGCCAAGCUCAGCUCGGAGCAUGGAGGAGAUUUCCAGAAGUGGCUCUCUUCGCCUUUCCCUUCCUCCUCCUUCAGCCCCAACGGCCAGGUGCCCGAGAUCUCCCCACUGGAGGUGCUGGACCGGGACACUAAGCCCAUGCAGCUGCUCUGGCUGCAGCAGGACAAGGUGCCCUCACCCUCGCCCAGUGGCCACUCGCUGACCAGCUGCUUCACCAACCAGGGCUACUUCUUCUUCCACCUCCCGGAUGCGCUGGAGAUUGAGUCCUGUCAAGUCUACUUCACCUAUGACCCGUGCACAGAGCUGGACGAGGGCAGGCCUGAGACACCCGAAGGGUCUCCCCUCCCGCCCCUGCCGCAUCUGCCGGGCGAGGACGAUGCCUACUGCACCUUCCCCCCCGGAGAAGACCUGCUGCUCUUCUCCCCCAGUCUCAUUGGUGGCCCAGUUCCCCUGCCUAUUGUCCCGGAGUGCACUGGGGCUGGUGAAGAGAACCUGCCCCCCUCCCUGCAGGCAGGGGUUCCCAGACAUUGGGUCCCCCAGCCCCUGGGGCCUCUCAAUCCAGGAACCCCUGACCUGGUGGAUUUUCACUCGCCCCUGGGGCCUGCAUUGGGGGAUACAGAAGAUGAGGUCCCUGCCCCCGACUCUGGGGAAAGGCCUGGCUUCCCCUGGGUCAGCCCUCCCAGGCAAGGUGAGCUCAGGGUCCCCACCUCCUGCCUGACCCUGAACACCGAUGCCUACCUAUCCCUCCAAGAGCUCCAGGAUCAAGACCCGGCUCACUCGGCGUAGACAGCUGCUCCAGGCUGGGAGGCAGGUGGCUGCCCGCUGUUGUCCCGGGCACAGCUGGGAACUCUGCCUUCAAGGCUUGUCUGUGGCUGAGCCACUGGGUGUCUCUACCCAAAGCAUCUAACUCAACCCCGCACACUCGAGCUAUUCCAUUCCCACCCUCCAUGCUGCUCCCAACCAGGACCUGCAGGGGAGGUGGCUCUGUGACUUCCUUGCCCCCGUCAGUCCUGGAAGCGCCCAGGUUUUGUUUGAGAAGCUGCUCUCUUCAGGGAGAGUUCUCGUGGGAUUGCCCCUGUUUAACCCUACCAAGACUCUUCCCGGACCUCGCACCACUUCUUCGCCUGGCCCUUGGCCCUCCAGCAUCGCGUGGAGACGUCCGCUUCUGGAGCCUCCCAGGGGUCCUGCCGACCGCUUGGGGCCUUGUUUGCACAAGCUGUUCUGCACUUGGGGUGCUCACUCCUCGCUCAUCUGAGUGAUGAAUUCUGCCACCCUUCACGUGUCAGUUCUGCUCCCCCUGGGGGGCACGUCUCCUUGAGGGUGCUGAAACUGGAGAUUCAGUGCUGGAGGGACCAGCUCUCAGGGUCACCGGACAGCUGGCCAGGAGAGACUUUUCACUACCCCCUUGGGUCUCUUGUGACCCCGGUGAGCCUGGCUAGGCAUCCCUCAUGCUAUGCUUCAGUGUGGGCAUGAAUCUCCCCCAAAGUGGACUCUAGCUGGAUCUUUCCAUAAUGGCUUCGCAGAUAACUCAGGUUGCCUUCACACAAGGGGCGCCGCCACCGCACUGGAGGUCCCUGGUGCCUUGAGUGUAUCUGAGUCCAGACUCAGGAAGGUCUGCGUGGGCACUGGCUCUGGCAUGCCGGCUGCAGGGGGAAGCUCGCCCCCUUGCCGGGCAGUCCUGCCCCACCCACGCAGCCUUCCACUUGCUUCUCGGUGCUCGCACCACCCCCCUCACUGCCCGCCCCUCUGAAUCAGACACUGAUGACCCUUGUGAUGUCCGUCACAACCUCUCCCCUCUACCAACGACCACAAAGGGCAGGGACUUCACCCCAGCCAACUGAGCAGUGAGGCCACUGCGCCCACACUUAUAGACCCUGCUGGUAGCUGGGCACAAGCCUCCAAUAGGUUGACCAGAGGCCUAUGAGGUGGCUUAGCACAGAAGCCCUGUUCAGUCAGGGGGGUGGGGCCUGAGCAGGCAGAUUAAAUUGUGUCUCAGUCCAGGGCAGGGGCACCCCGAAGAUCUGGUGCACAUGGAGAUGCUGGAGAGAAGUUGAGGACUGUUAACAGGGGGCCCUGGCUCCCGACACAGAAACUCCUGCCCCAUGGUGACUGGGCUUUUACUCAGGAAUCCUGUUUCCCUGAAAACUGAAAUAAACCCCCCUUUCCCGAGGUUAUCUACGUCUUGGAUCCUCACCACAGAAGAGCAUCAUUGUCAGAGCCUCUCACACCCCACCUCCUGCCCCACGACGCUGUGUGUCUUGCUUGGCAAGGCCCCUCGGUCCGGCCUGAGCCAGACCCCGUCUGAGCACUCACACCCUGGCUCUGUGUCCUGAGGCAAACCGGGAAGUUCCUCGGCAAGUCGGUCUCACCUUGAAGGGCUAUGGGGAAGGUUACAUGUCUCAAGCCCUGGUUACUUGUAUUAUGUGUUGGUUUGUUUUUAAAUGAUCUGUAUGUGCCGUUCUGUUAUGGUUUAUACCCAAGAGUCUUUGCAAAUCAUUUCACUUUUUUUUGAUACUUUUAUUUAAAGAAAAAUCUUUUUAUUUCUU